CGAAUACAGAGGCGAGUUCACGUUCUCUCAAAUCGCGGAUUUUAUUUCGUGCGAUUUGUUCGACGGACAGAAUUAUAAUCAUUAGUAAAACGAAAAACAAACCCUUAAUAAUAAUUACCAUAACAAUCGAAUUGUCUUACGAAUAUUUCGUAUAACUUUCACCGGAUACAUCGAUAAUUUGAUUAACGAAGAACAUCGUAAAUUAUCCCAUAAUUUCAAGUGAAUUUAUAUUACAAUGAAUUCGUGCGUGUGGUCAGUUAUCAAUAAACGUGUGUGAUGGACUGUGUGGUUCGUUUAAGCAACAAAGCAAAAUUGUUGGCUCCCGUUCGAGACUAUUAUCCCAUACGUGAUUACGUUGGGCCGGGACCGGGAACUGGCCACUUGGGUUAGUCGCCGCGGGGAGCCCAAAGGGGCAAAUACGGAGUCGCAGAUCCUGCACCGCAUCAUUUACCGUCAGGAUUGCGAUUUAAAAAUGGUGCAGCAGGAUUUGACUUAGGCAUUGAGACUGUUUAUACCGUGUAAUGGUUUGGGCUCAAAGUGUGAGCUCCGGUUAACUACGGACCAGGAGCAUAAGUGAAGUGUUGUGUAGUGUCUAGUCAGUGUGUGUGUGCCGGGAUGCCCUCAGCUAUGUUGUCGGCAGUGCUUGAAGAGGAGCCCGACCUGUAUGAGGCAUUCCCUCCACAUGUUGACCCAUCCGGAAUCACUAUUCUGACUGACAGUCCCCCAGGCAAAAAAGCGCCCCUCAAAACCUUCGACGAGGUCCAGUCUAUCAUCCAGCAGGGCCGCAAGCGCGAACUCAAGAUCCUCAUCAGAGAAAACUCCUGGCCGAUCAACAGCCCCGUUCGAGCCUCGCUCUGGCCCGCGCUCUGCAAGCAACACCAACAUGGAAAAUCUAUGCUCGACGGAUUCUACUGGGACAUGGUUACACAGGUUUUUGGCACAGUGGAGUUACCAGACAAGCCGAUCAUGCUCCCGCCCUUCGUGGAGGCGACCCACUGCCUCGGCUACCACCUGACCCGUAAAGGGAGAGCCGUAGCAGACAGAGUGGUCUCUGUUUUAGGCUACGCUUGUCCAGACAUCACCUACAGUCCCAGUCUCUACCCGAUCACAGCCGCUUUGCUGCACUUCAUGCCUGAGGAGGAGUGCUACCAUUGCAUGGCUAGCCUCGUCGCCUCCAAGGAGAAGAUGUUCAUCACACAGACCAAACUCCUCAACGAGGUCACAUGGAAGACUGUCAUGCAGAUCGCCAAGAAACAUGCCAAGUCGGCGGCGCAACAUCUGUCGCGGCUGUCGGGCGCCAUCGGUCCAGAACGGAUCUACGCGGACUGGCAGUGGUGGAUCCUGGCCGCCUUGCCUUUCCCCCACCUCGUGAGGGUGCUGGACUGCUUCUUCCACGAGGGUAUCAAGGUGUUUUACAGGGUAGCUCUAGCCAUCCUGAUCCUGUUCCACAAGCACUCGACGAACCAGAACUCGGAAUGGUACGCCGAAUCGACCAAGAACGGCGUCGAUCACGCAAUCGACAAAUUUUGUCGGAACAUGCCCGCUUCACCCACCAAAUUGCUGAGGACAGCCUUCAGCAUCAGAGCAUUAAGUUCACAGUACAUAUCCCGGGUGUUCAUAAAGACAGAAAUGACGCUCAAAUCAAAACAAGUGAUGAUCGGAUCUCGCAUUGUCCGGUCUCGGUCGUCCGACAACCUUCCCACCAGCCAAUCACAGGCCAACAUUCAGAUGAUGUCGCACACCCUGACCAUACGAGAGAAAAUGUCUGAGGAAACGUGCAAACAGAUGGGCUCACAUUCGCCGGGCCCGCGCGCCCUUUCGAUGGGCGUGUAUCCUAUCCAAGCGAUCAAGUCCCAGAUACUUGACCAGAGCGACCUGUUCACGUUGUGGUCAUGGCUGCCAGUUCGAAUAACGAUGUACCAGCCGGUGUUACUGUACACAACUGAGGAGCACGGCUGUUCGUUGACGACGUUCUACGUUCGUGUGGAGCACCAUGAGCCGACGCUGCUUAUGAUCAAGACUUGCAAUAAUGAGGUGUUUGGCGCAUAUUGCUCGACUCGAUGGUUCGAGCGGAACCAAAAAGAUGAGCGCGGGAACAGGCAGGCCUACUUCGGCACCGGCGAGACAUUCCUCUUCAGCCUUUACCCCGAGCGCGCCAAGUACCCCUGGGUGGGUUGUUCCACGAAUGCCGACGGGAAAACCGAGGAGAGGGUCGCCCACGGCUCGGAACUGUUCAUGGCGGCCGACUCCAAGAUGAUCACCAUCGGCGGAGGCGACGGUCAAGCGAUAUGGAUGGACGAGAACAUAAGGUUCGGCAAAACCGACCGCUGCUCCACCUUCAACAACCCGCCGCUCUGCCCCAGCGGCGACUUCGAGAUCAGAGUGCUCGAGGUCUACGGCUUCUCAGGCGCGUAAGAAUCUCCUAAAACAUCAUACCAUCAACUAUAUUCACAGAUAGAACAAAAACAAAAAACAGUCCUUCUAUGAGGAUGUAAACCAUUCAAAAAUGGAUCUUAAUGUAUUGCAAUAAAGCACUUAAUCUCUUAAAUAUAAAGUUGCUCAUUCACAAUGAGGAGGAUUGUGUGCUUUAUUACAAUUCGAUUUGUGUGUUUCGGACACUUUUUCGCUGAUAUUGUGAGUCGAUAGAUACGAAGUCGAUGAUUGAACCCUAAUUUCGUGUCCAACAGUGUGAUAAGAAACUAAGAAUAUACGUGUUACCUUUAAAUGGCAGAAUCACUAAAGUGAUAAAGUUGUUAUCUUCUCUCUCUUUCUAAAACUUUAGUUAAGGGGUAGAGAUAAGAUAAAAUAAUUAUUUUAUUGACGUUAGUGAUUGCAAUUCGACUCAUAAAAUGGCUACGCACAGCGGCCAUUUUGUGUGUCAACUGCCAGUAAAGCACGCGGAUUUUGCGGUCCAUGUAUUAUUCUUUAAUAGUUUGAUAUUGUGACCAUGUCAGACGUCAUUUUGACGACAUUUUUGUGACCCAUUGGAUCCGUGAAAAUAGCAGCAAUCCUAUCACGGAAUUAACAUUUCAAUCAUAAAAUAUAUCCUACAUGUGUGUGACGAUAGAUCUCAGGAAAUAUUUUAACGCGAAAUUUCAAAAGUUGAUGUGAUUGUAUUCGAUAGCCCCUUGCCGUUUUAUCAGACUGUGUAGAUUUAUUCCUAUUUAUUCGCUCUAUGUGUACCCCGGUAGCUAUCCUUUACCUACACGUUAACACAGCUGUCCGUAUAAGACAACGAAGACGGGGAAUCUAGGUUGUUUCUAUAUAUUAUAUAUAUAUAUUUAACACGUGUUUUAGAUGUCUGUGUGUAAGUACAAAAUGAAUAUAUCGUACCUACUCUUAAUGGAUUUAAUACGCUUAUGUGAAAGCAAUAUGUAUGGGGCCUAGCCGUGUGGUGGAACGUUAGUAGUGUCCAUUUGAACAUUCCAGUGAAUUCGGGCACUCGGCUUUAAUAAAAAAAAAUGUAUUUUUUUUUACUUUUGAGGCCUCUGGUCGAUGAGUCGGCGGGUGUUUCAACGCUUUCUGCGAAAAAUGCAUGUGAAAUUCCUCUAUCUAAUUGAAAAAAAAAUAUUCAUAAAUUUAUUUGUCUUUAGUGUAAGUAAACUUUAGUUUUCUCAUUUUUUUUUAUCUUCAUUAGCAUUUUUCGAAGAGGCCGUUAUAUAUUUUUAUAUGAAAACUGAACGUUAUGUAUGAUUCGGUCCAAACGUCAGUAUUUUGGUAUCGUAUUUGAGGCGUCGCUUUAGGCUUAUUGUUAUAUAUACUAUAUACUCAGCCCGUAAUCACAAGUCGUUGCUCACAAAAUGUACCAAAGAAAUUGUAACUAUGUAGUUCAUUUCCCUACUUUUCCGUUUAAUAUGUUCGAUUUCACGAAAAAUAAAUCAAUUUUUUUGUGUUCAUUUAUUUUAUUAUUCGUCAUAGAAUUAUAAUUAAAUUUUCUAACAUUAAAUAUAUCGAACAUUUUAAACUGAAAAAUAUUUUUAUGAUCACUGGAUAGCCUAUAUGUUUCAAUUUUAAUCAAUUUUUUUAAUGAUCAUCAAAUUUGUGAGAUUAAUAAAUUUAAAAAUUAUUAAUCAUCUGUUUUCUGCAUAAAAUACAUAUAUUUACAAAUUCUAAAUAUUAAGUGAUCAUAAAAAGUUCUUUUGUGGAAAAUAUCUUGUAUUUAUUUACAAAAAUAGAUCAAAGUAUUUAUUUUAAAAAGUUUAUGUAUACUCUCUUAAUCAUAAUGAAUAAAUAAGAGAAAUAUAGUAAAAUAUUCCAGCACAAUCCUUGGUAAUAUUUCAAGAGAUAACUUUUGGAUAAGUACUAUUCUACUUCUAGGCUUCUAGAAAUAGUUACCAAUUGUGAAGCUAUCUUUUCUCUUUAAGCAAAGACGAUUUAUCCACUAUCGUCCAGUUUGAUAGUAUUAUUUUACUCGUAUUUUGAAUGGUGAUGUGCCAAAAUUGGACCAUUGUAUUGGCUGGUAGGCCACGAAAGUAUUCUUAAAAGGACUUAUUAUUUUACAAAUCAUUGGUAUGAUUUGCUUUAUGACGAAGCGAAAGUGGAUAUUAUCAAAAUGAUUUUUUUUUUUCAUUUUAAGCGAAUGAUUAGGAAAGCAAAUAAAAUUAUGUCACAACUUUAUACAUAUCCCUGUCGGUACAAAGGGGUUCGCGAACGUUCAUAUCACCCGCGGCUUAUUCUGGCUACGUUUUGUUUUUUUUUUUUUUGUAAAUAUUUUUUAUGCUCCUCGUGCGCAUAUGUCGAUCACGAUUCGACGAUCGGCGUAUGCGCGCAAGGAUCAUUUUAGCGUAAUUUGGAUUUGUAAAUGGUACUACAUACGUGUGUAUGUUUAUCAAAAGCCUAAGACUUGUUUUAUUGCAGAUAAUUUAUGUAAUUUAUUGAGUAGGUAAUAUGUAAUGGUUAUGUAUGUUGACACGCCAUUUUGCGGGCGGGGUAAAGAGUCACAAGUUGUUUAAUUAUAUUUGUUAGGUUCACGAGAAAUUGGAAAAUGGGUGAAAAUCCAAUAAGAUGUUAGUUUUAUUUGUUUAGGGAUAAAAACUUUAUGAGUUCAUUCCUGUUGUUGGUCAUUGUCAAUAAUUGCUUUCGAAUACCUUACUUAAUGAGCAAGUCAAUGGUUUAAUGUUCUUCAUUAAAAAAUGUCCCUUAGUUUUGCUGACAUUCUUAUGGGACCGGUUAAAUUGUGGCAUUGUAGUAUACAAAUGAGAAACGAACAAAAGGAUUGACCUCUAGUGAUAUGUGAGAUGUAUGUAUAUGUGUUGCCUCGAAGCGUAGGAGUUAGUUUUAGUUCCGCCGCCGCCCGCAACGCGGCGACACUCGCGAUAUGUUGUUGUUAGACAAUUUGUCGUUGUUCAGUGUAAAGUUCUAGUCUUUAUUCUGUUUUUAUCUCUAACGAUGUAAUAUUAUAUCUAAAUAUAUACGAAUUGAUAUUUAAAACUUUUCGCGCGAUUUUGUUUCUUUGGAGCAGUGUUUCUCAAAGUGGGGGACAGUGUACACGCGUGUAAACGCGGAUUAAUUGACUGUCACGAGCUAAAUACGUGACCAUGCUAUUAUGUGAUAGCUUGUGGUGGUGAACUGGCAACAUUUUUCCUUCUUUAUCCAAGACGGCUGCAUUCCCCGUCAAAAUAGAGAAUUAUACACGGUAUAAUUGCAUAUGUCAUAAAACAAAUACUACUUGAAUCUUUUAUCUAUAAACUUCUUUAUCUAUAGCCUGUCUUGAAAUCAACACUUACAAAUAUUCGCCGUAUUUUUACAGUAACAGUAAGUUUGAGAAACACUGCACUAAAUGAACAUGUAGUAUUGUGGAUAGUUAGUUCGUAAGUACAUUAAAAUGUAAACUGUUAAUUAAUCUCUGUUUUCCCUACAGUAUUUGUGAUGAACGUGUUUUUUUAUGCGAAGAUCCUAUGUUAAAUGACAAGUGUAAGGCCCUGUCCUGGCCGUUUUGUUACGAAGUUAUUACAUUCGAAUAGUUUUAGUCCGCCGCCGCCUAUGUAGCGACGGUGUAAAACUUGUUUAUGAUAAUGUAAAUGUUGCUUUAUAAUGUCUACAAAAUAUAUAAUCAUAUAUACAGA